CUGCCCGUUCCCGUCAUCACCGAUGACUUUCUAAACUGUUCAUCAUCAGAACGAUCUUCGAACUGUUCUUUUCUGUGUUCAGUGAUGAAUGUGACACAUGUGAGUCUCUCCUGGUACAAAGGAAAGAGUUUAUUGUCCAGCAUCAGUGUGUCUGAUCUCAACAUCAGACUCUCUCUACCUCUGGAGGUGGAAUAUCAGGAUACAAACACAUACAGAUGUGUCGUCAACAAUCCCAUCACAAACCACACACAACAUCUCACCGACGUCUGUAAGUGUUCAGAACACGAAGUCGCGGCGAUAGUUGCUGUUGUUGUGGUCACUGCUUUGUGUCUGCUUGGGAUUAUAGGUGUCAUUCACCACGUGAAAAGAUCGUUCAGCUACAAGCUCACCAUUCAGAAAAUACUGGCGACACAAGCGAUCAGUGUCAACUGGAGAUGAAUACUGGAUGGGUUUCGGCAUGCUUUACACCUGCAGUUUUAUUUGCAGCAGAACUUUUCCAUUAAAGGGGCAAGAUUUACCCCUUCAAAGUGAUUUCCAGGGGCAUUUUUUAUCUUUUUUAGGGCAAUUUUUCUAACUACCUUAUUCAACAUUAAUGCAUUGUCUUUUAUGUUAAAUACUUAAAUUUAAUCAAUUAAUUCAGCCAAAAAGAAUAAGGACGUUGUAUAGAGAGUAAAAUAUUAGCAACAAAAGCCAACUUUAAACUGCAAAGGUCUUUCAUGGCUUAUUACAAAGACAGUUUAAUGCAGCUCAAAUGUGCCAUAAUUGUAUUAAAGUGGAUGUAAAACACGCAGUUUCUAUCUCAUAUUAAUCUUGAGAGUGUACACAGCAAAAUCGCCAGUGUUAAAAAAUGUCAAAUUAACACUGGCAGUGUAAAUACACAGUGUAUAUACAUUCACAGUAUAUACACUGUGAGUGUUAAUUCGAACUUUUUUAACACUGGCGAUUUUGCUUUGUAGUAUUGCUUACUUUGUAUCUUUGAAGAGUCUUUAGUUUGAUCACAUUUAUGAAAGACAGAUGCAGCUGUAUGAUUAUUUAUGGACACAGGCGACCUCCUGAACGCGUGCGGGUUCAUGUCCGGCAUCUUUUGGCGCUGGGACCACUCCAUCUAUCAGUUUCAAACGAUCUCCAAAUCCAGCGUUAUAUCCACCGUUUAUAUAACAUUCCUCACCCAAAUGCAGUGAACAAACAAACACAUCUGAACUUAGCGAACGCAGUGCUCUCUCUCUCUUGCUCCAGCUGGUUGACGUGUGCACAACUGCACAUGCUCCUUCUCUCGCUCUCACGGGUUGACGCGUGGGUGUGCUUUUCUGGGAGAACAGUCCGAUACGGGACUAAGAAAAGUUGUUACGUAGGGGAAUUUCACUGUGGCACCCAACCCCCAUCCCCCCCCCUUUAGAAAACAAUUGUAUAAUGUUUUAGGAUAUAAUUCAAAGUGUAUAUAAGUACAUCGGGGCUGAGUGAUUUUGCCUCUUUCCAGGUGUUUCAGGUUGGUGUAUUGUAGUUAUCAGGUACAGAAAUUAAAUCGUGUAAAAUAACACUUUGUCUUCCCUGUAUAAAUUAAAUAUAGAUUAAACCUUAGUAAAGUUAAUCGGUCGGGAGGAGUGAGUGUUUUUGUCUUCUUCCUGUUGUUUGAUGAACAUUAAAAAGUGCUGAACAUUACAGUAUGCUGCUGCCCCUUUAAGAGAUGUAUGAAACGAAUAUACUGAUACACAAAUAUGCGUCUUGUUUAAGCAGGCGCUAUAACGGACUGUGAGUGCACGCUCGUUGACAGCUACCCCGACUGUGCGCGCUCGCUGCCAGCUGCCUCUACUGUUUGCGCUUGCGGGUUUGUAUUGGUGCUUAAACGGACCGUGUGUUCGCGCUCACCUCAAGCCUUGAUGGGUGCAUAUACAUUUUAUAGCUACAUGUAGACACAUCUUUAUUAAGACAAAGUUUGUGGGUCCUGCAAAUUCAAUCAGAUAUGUGGUAAUAACAGUU